AUCACAGCAUCAUAGCAUCAGCAACAUCAGCUGCAGAUAUUGAGAGAUACGCGCCGGCAUCAGUGACAGUCGAUUGGCUGCAAUCAAGGUGACAACACCACGGCGCGGCAAGCGAACAGAACAAGUGAAGUCAAUUAGCAGUGAAUAGUGAAUAGUGAGUCACAAUAGUGAAUACCUGCAUAGACAGUGCUCAAGUGAACUCACCCAGUGUGGUAAAGUGCCCAGAGACAAGUGCAGCGAGCGAUAUGGUGAUGCUGCAGUCACCAGUGCAAAAGCCUAGCGAUAGCAUCGGGGCACAGCCCACGGCCGUCGGCGGCCUGAUGAGUCCCAAUUCGAAUCCGGAUUCGCCCAAGUCAAACACCUCGCCCGAUCUGGCCAACGUGGGCAGCAAUGUGGGCGCCGAGCUGGUGUCGGUGUCCAGCACUGCGACCAGUGCCAGCACAUCCAUCAGCGCUCCCGUGGCCAAGUUGCCCAAGUUUAUCAUAGCCGCCAGUGGGCAGGCGGCCAAGCAGGAGCAGGAGCUGCGCUACUCCAUUGAGCGCUUGAAGCAGAUGAGCAACGAGAGUGCGGGAAUGCUCAGUCGCCUCACGCCCACACAAGAAGAUGCCGACAAGGAGAAGACCAACAACAACAACAACAAUAACAAUAACAACAACAAUAACCUGGCCAACAACAACAAGAGCAACGUGCGCCGCUCACAGUCACCGCCCGCCUCGGGAGUCGGCGUCGGCGUCGGCGUCUUCCCAUUGCCAGCGCAGCAGCGAAAGCUGCUGGAGCUGAGCGCAGUGCGUCACUUGGCACGGCCGGAGCCAUUGCAGCAUCCACAUGCCGCACUGUUGCAACAGCAUCCGCAUCUGCUGCAGAAUCCACAGUUUCUAGCCGCUGCCGCCCAGCACCACCACCAUCAGCAGCAGCAGCAGCAGCACAUGCACCACCAUCACCACCCUUCAGCCCACUCACAUCCGCAUCAUGCAGCAGCCGCUGUAUUCCACCUGCGUGCACCUGCAGCGAUAGCCAAUGCCAGCAACACCACUGCACCACCCUCGCCAGCCACAUCGCCACUGUCGCCACCCACAUCACCCAGCACUGGCUCAGGCACAGGCGCAGGCACAGGCGCUGGCUCCGGCAGCUGCCAAACGACACAUUCCGAGCCGCAAAGGGACUCGCCCUCGGGCACCACCGCAGCACCAGCAAAUCCAUCGCAUCCAGCGCUGGCAGCACCGCCCCAGCACCAACAGCUUCCACAGCCACAGCCACCGCCGCCACAGGCAAUGCAGCUGCACUUGGGCGCCGGUCCGCAUCCAGUGAUGGGCAGCAUUAGUCCGACAUCCGCCAAUGAGAUGGAUCUGGAGCGGAUUAAGCUGGUGGCCGCGGUUGCCGCGCGCUCCAGUCAAAGCCAAGCGCCCAGCACAUCCACCGCCGCCUCAACCAGCUCCGCCUCCGUCUCGCCCCCUGGUCGCGACUUGAGCGAUUACGGUUUCAGAAUACAGCUGGGCGGCCUGGCGGCAGCAGCAGCUGCAGCGGCAGCCACAUCUCGCCAGAUUGCCGCCGCUAAUUAUGCGCGCAGCGACACCAGCGAAGAGCUCAAUGUGGAUGGCAACGACGAGGAAAGCAACGAUGGCUCCGGAUCGCACAGCACGCCGUCGGUCUGCCCAGUGGAUCUGACGCGCUCCGUGCCGAAUGGCGCGAACAGUGCGAGCACCGCCUCCACCAGUGGAGCCAGCGACAGAGAGGCCACCAAGCGCCUCGCCUUCUCCGUGGAGAACAUCCUGGAUCCCAAUAAGUUCACGGGCAGCAAAUUGCCAGCGACUGCGCCGCCUUUCGGGCAUCCGCGCCAGUGGAGCUACGAUCGGGAUGAGGACAUGCAUGAUCACCUGGACGACGAGCACAGCGAGGAUAUGUCUGCUCAGGAUCUCAAUGACAUGGAUCAGGACGAUAUGUGCGACGAUGGCAGCGACAUAGACGAUCCCAGCAGCGAGACUGACUCAAAGAAGGGCGGCAGUCGCAAUGGCGAUGGCAAGUCCGGCAGCGGUGGCGGCGGCGGUGGGUCCAAGCCGCGUAGGGCGCGCACCGCCUUCACCUACGAGCAGCUGGUUUCACUGGAGAACAAGUUCAAGACAACGCGCUAUUUAAGUGUGUGCGAGCGUUUGAAUUUGGCGCUCAGCCUGAGCCUGACUGAGACGCAGGUUAAAAUCUGGUUCCAGAAUCGACGCACCAAGUGGAAAAAACAGAAUCCGGGCAUGGAUGUGAAUAGCCCGACGCUGCCGCCUCCCACUGGCGGAUCAUUUGGGCCCGGCGCGUAUGCCAGUAGCCUGCUCUAUCCGCACGCCGUGCCCUAUCCGCCAUACGGGCCCUACUUCCACCCCCUCGGCGCGCACCACUUGAGCCACUCGCACUCAUAAAAUUGCAAGAUGCAACAGCGUUUGUUGCAAAUCUUCGAAAAGCGAGCCAAGGACGCCGCCCCCGAGGCGCGACGGCCCGACGCAUUGUAAAUACGAAACUGCUUUAAGUGUUGUUUAGUCUCCCGCCUGUAUAUAGUUCGUGUAUUAUAUUGCAAUUCGUAGCCAACGAAGCCCAAUGAUGUUGCCCAGUCAAUGUUUGACAUAUCUACCCAAUUAUAGAGCCAUGCGUAUGUAAUUACUUUAACAAAUUACGAAUUAUGAGUAUGUAAUUAUUAUGAUACUAAGUAUGUAUGAGUAUGUAACGCUAUGUUAGCAUUUAAGUGGCAAGCA